UAUUAUUAUCGCAUAAAAUUAAGGUAUAAUGGGUACGGUGCACCCUCACAAAAUCAUUCCGAAACAAAACGACGAACGCUUCUUCGGUUUGUCCUUCUACUCUUAACAUCUUCUUUCUUCAAAUCAGACGUAAUCAUGGCUAGUAAAGCCGAAGAUCGCAAGGAGCCAGUAAAUGAACAGGCAGUUGCAAAUAUGUAUGCAGCUAUGAGGUCAGACCUCAACCAAAUUUACACCAAAAUAACUGAACUGGAAAUGGAAGUUAGUGAGCACUCGUUGGUUCUUAAUGCCAUUCAGCCCCUUGACCAAUCUAGACGAUGCUAUCGAAUGAUCGGAGGGGUGCUCGUGGAGAGAACCAUCAAAGAAGUAUUGCCUGCUGUGCAGCGAAAUAAAGAAGGACUUGAAGAGGUUGUUGCAAGACUUAACGAGACAUUGGAAAAGAAGAAAAAGGAAAUUACUGAGUUUGAGACUAAAUAUAAAAUCCGAAUGAGGAAGGCUGAUGCUGAGGUGAACGAUGAAUCUGGUAAGAAGGAAGGUUCUGCUCAAGGAGUACUCGUGGGCCCUGCAGGUGGUAGUGAAUGAUAUUUCUAGUCUUGUUUUCUUUUCUCAAACCCUCUUACAGUUAUUGGUUGUCAUUGUAUCUUAAUUUUAAACGUUUUCUGCUCGGAAGUAAACUUAAUGGUUCCGGAUGCAAAUGCUCACGUAGAUUUUUGUAUGCACUUGAGCAUAUUAUCAAGAGUAAAUUGGUUUUAGAAGUA